AUGGCGACGGCGACGAGGGACGACGACGACGACGAGGCGCUCGAAAUCGUCGCGCGGGCGUGUUGCGAAGCGAUGAUGCGGACGUGCGACGAUGCAACGGACGGACGGGCGGACGAGGACGAGGAAACGGCGGAGGAGAGGGAGACGGAGACGGAGACGUGGUUGGGGACGCUGUGCGCGACGGCGUCGACGAGCGGGCGGGCGCUCGAACGGGCGCUCGAAGCGACGCGAAGGGCGGCGGCGAUGGACGAGAGGUUCACGACGCGCGUGUGCGAAGAGUACGACGCGAGCGUGCGUCGGUUAGGGGACGCGAAGGAUGCGACGUUGGCGGUGUUGAUCGAGGCGAGGGCGUGGGGACGCGCGCGAGAGGCGAGCGCGAGCGCGAGCGACGUCGAGCGAGCGCUGAGAGCGUGUGAUGCGAGAUCGUUGGAGAGCAUGGCGAAAUACGUGCUCGAGGAGGUGAAAGAAAGCGACGCACACGUAUUGCGAGCGAUCGCGCGCAGAGAUUCGGAGAUUUGCGUGGAAAUUCUCGGCGCGUUGUUGUCUCGGCUGUCGACGGGCGUUCAAACGCGCGCGGCGCUUCGCGCGCUCGAGGAGAUUGUCCAGAUGGACGCGGCGCCGCACGUCGACAGAAUGUCGAGUGAAAUUCAGCGAGCGGUUGAAUAUUUACCCCAGUUGAGCGUCAAAGAGGGGGGAGAUAUCGCGCGCAGGGCGGUAGCGGCGCUCUCCAAAAUCUCUGGCGUCGCGCCGGUGAUGGCUUUGUUCGAAAGCGUCGAGGACGACUGCUCGAAAACUAUUUUAGGCUUGCAAAUGCUCGGUGACAUGAUGCGAGCCGGCAAUCAUCUUGACGCAGGUAUCGCGGCUUUAGAACGCGCGAUGGUGGAUGACCGCUCGAGUGUCCGACAACACGCUUUCGUCGUCGCGACGACGUUGAUUACGAGCGAGUCCAUUGCGGACGAAGCGAUGCUGCAAAAGGCUGAGGCAGAAGCAAAGGUUGACGCCAUCUUAUCGAUCAAUGAAAUCUUGAGAGCGUUAUCGCAGCGAAGAGAGACCCCUACGCUGAGUUUUGCGACGAUUCAAUCCCUCACGAGCUCGCUCGGAUUGAUUUUGGCGCUCGACGUGAGCGGCAAAUCUGUCAAGAAUAGAGAAAUUUUGCGGAACUCGCUUCGAUUGCUAUCGGCUCUGAGCGAGUGUCUCAUCCUUCAAGCCGAGUCAGCCAGAGACACAGAUGGUGAACAAAUCAACUUCGUCGACGCCGAUGCUUUCGAUGAUGCAAACGACAAAGUGGAGUCGCACGUAUUGGCUAAACUUGUACCAGUCGUUGAAGUCGUCCUCGAUUCCAUGCUGUCGUACUCGACGUGGUUCAAGGAGAUGUUGGAACAAUUAGAACACCCUAAGAUCGACGAGGGUACGAGCGAGACGCUGGAGAGUUGGAUCACGCGAUUACUUUUCAUGCAUCUUCAGCUCAGUUGCGGUUCUGAGAACACGCGGGCUGGGAACGUGUCAUCUGCUUUGUGCAUUGAUAGUUGCGUCAGGCUCUCGUCUGACGAUGCGGAAUGGUCUCCGGAAUUGCAGCGUCACAUCACGCAAAUUUGUGCCCACACGUUGCGCGUGGCGCGCGUUUCUUCCGGUGAUAUGCGUGCUUCUAAUCAGUACGCGACACUUAUGAAUACAUGCGCGCGUCAAUGCGUCGAAACAUUGCGAGACAACUGGUUUGCUUUCGAUAAGAAGGAAUUGGCGCCGAACUCAGAUUUGUGGUCGACAAAGACCACUUUGGAUGCUCUUCAAACGCUCAGAGCGCUGUGCGAACUCGCUGUCAGCCGUAAUGCGUCGUACGGACCAGAUCUUGGCGUUUUACAAGACUUGAUGCGCGCUUCUUUCACGGAUGAUGAAUUAGAAAACGCCGCAAAGGAAGUCGCGUCUUACGGUAAACCUCAUCUUGCGAGAAGUGAUUACGAAGCCGCCGGACGCGCAGGCGUAGAGGCCCCAGUCUCAGGUGUUGUUGCCGCGCUCGUGACAUCUUUGCACCAUCAGCUCCAAGAGACGUAUAAUUCACGCACCGUGAUCGAUACGUGGGAUCGGAUCAUCAAUGAAGUUUUGAACUUGCUGGACACUAUGCUGCCAUUGGUGGAAAAUGCAGACUUGGCGUCGGCUUCUGUCGUCAUGCUUGAGGACGAUAUUAUUCAAUUGCGUGAGUUGCCCAUCGAGCCUACGUGUCACAUCGCUUGCACGAUCUUACAGUAUCAUCGUCGACGAUUCCCUCUGCCAGAUUGCGUCAAGACCGCGUCAGAGAUGUUGAAAAUGGCCUUGAGCUAUUCCUUGACAUCCAUACCCGAUGAGCUCAACGAUUUGCUCAGUGUCUUGAAUGAAAUCGUCACAGAUUUAUCAUCUGACAACGAUCAGCACGGUAAAAUUGAGAAACAAGAUGCGUUCAUCGCUCUGACGACGAUUCUAGUCAAGUCGGGUGAUAUAUUGUGGCGCCAUGUGCACUCAAAGCAGAAGUCGUUGGACGACGUCGAGGCAAACUUCGUGUCGUUGGCUACGCAUUCAUUCGAACGUUGCAUUUCCGCGGCUUCGAAGCUUUCGCGCACGGAUGGAAAUCAAAAACAUUUGGAAAGUCAACGUCGAAAUGCAUCGUUAGUCCUCGCUGGCAUUCGCUUGCAUCACAACACGGAUAAGAUGUCACAUCUGUACGACGUCAAGGUGCUCAGGUCGUUUGAACUCAAACGACGACAGUUUAUGGUUGUUUGCGCCGGAGUUUUCACCAACUUAAGGGCGCUUCAGCUCGUGAAGAACAGUGGCACGCCGCUUGAUCGCGGUUUAGUGGCUAUUGGUAACGCGCUCGCGAUGGAUGACAUCGAACUCUACAGCGAAAAUUUGUCGCGUCUCGGUGAGAGCGUGCAAAACGUCGACGGAGAGGUGUUGAAAUGCUGCCCGUCGAACGUUUCGUCUCGGGAAAAUUCUGCAUCAAAGCCUCGUAAACGCAUACGAAAUCCUUACUUGGACGCCGUCGUGGCGCAAGAAGGCGGCGCGCAAGAUGAGUAUGACGAUAUGGCGGAUUUCAUCGUGUGUAAACCUGGACGAGAUUACCGCACCGUACUCGGGCUCACGUGA